UCCAGAUUUCUGCAAUAAUCCGGAUCUGAAAUCAGUUCCAUCCAUCAGCAUCCAGACUGACAGCAGGUGGAAAACAUGAGUCACAGAAAGACAAGUCCCAGACAUGAAGCUCCUCAUGUCUGAUGUCAGGAACUGCCUGGUGACUGGGGCUCUUCCGACGGGCCCCGGUCGGGCCCAGCUAGAAGGAACGUGGAACCACUCUCCCAUGGGGGAGACCUCCAAAGGGGCGGCGCCAUGUGGUUCUGGUGGCUGCUGAGUCCACCUGGAACAGAUGCUCAGUGGAACAUCAGUAGAGUUUGAUGCCGUAGCGUCUGGGCUUUGCAUGUGAUUGAGGUCUUUCUGCAGAGCUCCUCCUUUGACUCUUCAUCCUCCUGAUGGCUUCAAAUCUCCUCUGGGGAGUUUCUGCUUCACUUCUGCUAAACAGUUGAAGUCAAAAAUCAGAGCUUUGUUCCAAGAUCAUCUGCUUUCUGUUCCAUCAGCUGCUCUUUAUUGGCCUCAUUUAACAUCUAACCGUCUGAAGUCACCAAGCUUAGCCUGGAAGUACCAGUAUAAUGACCCGGACGGGCCUUGGGAGCACGACGUUCCUCUGCCUCUACCACGGUGGAGGAAGGCGGGAAAUUCUUGGAGGAAAGGUGCGUUUCUGACCACCAAGAUGUCCAUUCAGCAGCCUGGAAGGACCGGUUCAGUUGGGCGGGAAGCUCUCAGUCGGUUUCCUCUGAAGUUCUUUUCAGCAUCAUGAGAAGCUGCUCAUGAAGAUGAAGAUUAAAAAAACACCAAUUAGGUCAUUCUCACGUGACCACAAGGACUGACGUCACCACAAGUGUUGUCAGUCACGUGAGGUGAAGGACAGACAAACAGUGAUGUCACCAGAGGGCGUGGCAGUCAAAUGAUGUCAUCUCCAGACACCUACAGAAAAAUGAUGUCAUAAUGAUGUCAUAAUGAUGUCAUUUCAGAGGAAUUAAAAUGAUUAAAAUGACAUCAUCUGACAUCAUUUAACAUCCAGUUACUUCCUCUCCAAAGUUUCUAAAUACUCCAUCUUUCUGAGUCUUGCAGCAUUUUAAAGAUCUAAAGAGAGAUUUCCAAGCAUUUACAGAAACUCCUGUUUCCAAAAACGUUCAAGCCUUCAGCUCUUUCACAAAUUCACUUCAAUCCAGAACCAGCCAUGUUCCACAACAAUGUGUUUAAAGGUCUUGGAGCUACCAGCUCUUCAACUGAAUCCCUCUGGGAUUCGGACAGCCAGAUGCCAGACCACUCCAGAAAGCAGGAGCAGGGAUUCAAAGGAUUCACUCAGAGAGCAAAGCAAAGUGUUUGGAAAUGGUUCAAACGCGGAAAUAAAACCCCCAGGGAUCAGAUAACCUGGGAGGACCUGUACAAGGACAAACAGCAGGAACUGGAUUAUUUGGUGGAGCAGAACAAUUCUCUCCGGACAGCUCUCCAAAACCUGCAGAUGCUCCUUAAGGAAGCUGAGAAGCUGAGAAACGAUUCCAUCUCAGCCAACCUCACUGACAGAGCUCUGAACUUCACGUAUCUGACACGUGAGGCUGAAGGAGUUCAGGAAGAUCAGCCUGGAUUUCAAGCAGAAAGUCAACACCAACACGAUCAAACCAGCAUCUUGGACUUAGAGCUGCAAAAUGAGGAAAUGGUCCAGGAACUUGAAAAGCUUCAGGACAAACUUCUUGUUUUGUCAGACAGAAAAGCCAAGUAUGAGCCUGCAGGAGACCACCUCAAAGCUGCCCAGGACCAGAACUCAGUCCUCAAAGAAAAGCUUCUGCAACUUCAAUCAAAGAUCCAACAAGAGGAAGCUCUGCUGAUGAUGACUCCGGACAUUUCUCCUGAGGAUCUGCAGGAAGAAUACCGAGAUCAGAUCCAGGCCUUAGAGCAGGAAAAUGCAGUUCUCCAGAAGGACUUGGAAGAUCUCAAGAAGAAACGCAGUAAAGAAGCAGCAAUGAGGAUCGAUUUGAUAUGCAUUGAAGCCCAAAAAAGCCACUUGGAGGACCAAUGCCAGCACAUCCGGGAGGUCAUUCAGAUCCACAGUGAACAGCAGGAUGGAGAACUCGUCUAUCCUGAACAGAUCCAGGAGUUAAAAUGUCAAAUAAAUUCCCUUGAAAAAGAAAAGGAAGACCUUCUGGAAGAACAAAGGAAGGUGGAAAAUGCAGAAUCAGACAUUAAAAUGCUGCUAAAAGAAUUCCAUCAGGUGGUAAAAAAUGUAGAUGAAUUGAAAAAGAAAAACUGCCACCUGAAAUGGGAAUUCAUGGAGCUGAACGUGGAUUUCUUUGAGAGACAACGAAUACCGGCCAAGCUCGAAGCUUCUACAAAAGAACAGGAGUCUUUGAGGAAGGAAAAUGCAGUUCUGGCUGAGCAGGUUUCAGAAUGCAGAUCCAAGAUCCACCAGCAGAAAUCUGUUCAGAACCAGCCUCAGAGUCCUGCUAGAAACCGGCCAAGUCUGAUCCCCAGACCCAUGUCUGUGAGAAACCCAGAACAUAAGCAGGUUUCCAUGGAUACUGGAAGGACCCAACAGCCUCAGAGUCCUGCUAGAAACCGGCCAAGUCUGAGACCCAAACCCGUGUCUGUGAGAAACCCAGAACCAAAGCAGGUUUCCAUGGAUACUGGAAGGACCCAACAGCCUCAGAGUCCUGCUAGAAACCAGCCAAGUCUGAGACCCAGACCCGUGUCUGUGAAAAGGUCCGAACUACCAAAGAAGGUUUCCAAGGUUCCUAAAAAGACCCAACCUAAGAAACAACAGAGCCUCAGAGAGCUAGAAAGAGGCUGGAGAACGUAGUGGAUCUAGAAAUCUUUAUUUAGCUUGUAGGAUGUUUGCUGGGAUUAGAUCCAGAAAAUCUAGUGAUGCUUU